CGUGACGCACUCACAGCAGUCCUGAUACAAGCACUAGUAGAAAAGCAAUACAAGCCCCCUCAUUAAACGCGAGCACAAACACGCGCAACAGCAGACAUGGCUUGCGCAAGCCCGGACUCGCGCGCGUUCCUGGUCGGUUGCCUGCGCUCAGCGCUAGAAGACGCCGAUCUCGUGGAUGCUAUUGCUGAGCAGGCAUUCGAGGCUGGCCUGACGGCUAUCGCUAUCGGCAGCGGCAUUAUUAGUCGCGACGCACUCAAGGAGCGUCUCUUCCUCACGAGCGAGGAGGCCCAGUCCGUGCUGGACAUUUGCAAGCAGGCAACAAUGACUACAGCUGAGAAGCCUGCCAACGGACCAGUGAGCCUGCGUAUGCUGGGCACCUCCUCCGGGCGCGUUUCCCUGCGCCUCAGCAUCAAGGAGCGCCAGCAACCCGCCCCCGCUACGGCACCGGCUUCGCCGCCGCCGGCGCAAGAGCCAGCUGUGGCAAGUCAGAAGCUGGAGUCGGCUGAUCCCGAGAUUCCAGAGCCCCAGCUCCCGUCUGAGCCUGUGCUGCCUGAGCUUCAGCCCUCGUCUGAGCCCGAGCUGCCUGAGCCCCAGCUCUCGGCGGAGCCCGAGCUGCCGCCCCCCACCCUGUCGGCCGAGCCCAGGCUACCUACCGUGGCCGAGGAGGCCGUCGAGCAAGUGGGUGGUGUGGUGGUGGUGUCUCGCACCUCAGCCGUGGGAGCCAAGGUGGAGAAGCCCAAGGCCAUCCCCUCUUCGCCCGCCCGCCCUAUGUCUGCCCCGGUCGUCAAGUCGCCCGCCACCACGCCCAAGGCCGUGACCGUCACAGGCUCGCCGGCCUCCUCCCGCCCCAAGUCGGCAUCUGCGGGCAAGCCCUCGCCGCUGGCGCUGCCUGCGGAGUCGGCCGGCUCACCUGCGCACGUGCCGUCCUACCUGCGCCCCACUGCCGCGCACAAGCUGCGCACCUCCAUGGCCGAGUCGCCGCUGUCGCCGUCUGCUCUGGCGCCGGUGCCCGAGGACCCCGCCACGGAGCGCCAGAACCGCCGCCGCAAGAACCUGUUUGCGCGCAUGGCCUCUACCUUGCUGGCUCCCACUCAGGCCUUUGUGGCGCGUGUGACUGGUCGCAAGGAGGAGGAGCGCAUAAAGAAGGAUGUGCCCAUCACCAAGGCCUCACUGCAGCUGGACGCGGUGAUGUGCAGUCCGCAGGGCCAGCGUGUCACCCGGGCCCAGCCCUUCCAGCUGCGCAGCGAGCUGCGCCCCAAGAGCUGUGUGCUCAGCCGCGAGGACCUGGACCUGAUCGAGGCGCGCGAGAAGGCGUUCAGGCGCAACCCAGUGCCCAAGCACGUGCACGAGGCGCGCCCCAUCGACCCCCGUCAGCGCAGCGAGCCCAAAGACCCCAAGGCCAUCUUUGAACCCUUCCAGCUGGCCAGCCUGGAGCUGCACGCCAAGAAGACGGAGGAGCUGCGCAAGAAGCGCGAGGAGGAGGAGGCACGCGAGGAUGAGGCACGCCGCUUCAAGGCGAGCAGCUUUGACAAGCGCAUUGUGACAGCGCCCGCCUCGCCGCCCAAGCCGGCCCCUUCUCCGGUCACCAAGGGCGCUGCCCCCAAGUUUGCCAGCGAGGAGCGCAUCGCGCACUACCACGCGGUGGUGGAGCCCGCCAAGCGCGCCCGCAUGUCGGAAGCCGACCGCACAAAGCUGGAGGAGGCCGAGCGCCGAGUGGCUGAGGAGGAGCGCAAGGCGCGUGAGGCGGCCGAGGCAGCUGAGGAGGAGGCCCGGCGCGCUGCUGAGCUGGAGAACAUGAGCGUCAACGAGCUGCGCAAGUCGCUGGUGUUCAAGGCACGCAAGAUGCCCGACUUCUCGGCGCCCUUCCGUCCCGACCCUGCGCUUGCCAAGCCCGUCACCUCGCCCGCCGCGCCCCAGCUGCACACCAUUGCUCGACUGGGUGCCGCUCCCUCACCCAGCGCCCGCACGGACAAGGACGGCCCGGGUCUGGGCAACGGCGUGUACGAUGGCGCGGGCUACGUGGACCCCUUCUUUGCUUCGCUGCGCAAGAGCACCAGUGUGGUCAUGUCGUCGCAUGGCCCCGGCGCAGCCUCCAUGCGCCGCUCCGCUGCUGUGCGCCAGAGUGCACAGCCAACCUUCGGCCGCAGCCCCAACGGCGCUGCGGCCAGCCCCAACGCCGCAAACGGGGGCCUGCGCGUGUCCAUUGGCAGCGCGCUGCAGGCUGCUAUCCGGGCAGCGGCGCGUGACGCGCAGCGCGACCUGGCCCGCGAGACCGCCGUUGCCUCGCCCUGUGGCAACAAGGACAGCCGCCGCAGCACCGUGGAGCACAUGACGGUGACGGCCAGCCCCUGCAACGCCUACUAAGCAGUCGGUCUGAUGAGAGAUCAAGUACAGAGGGGGGAGAUAUGAGCUACAGGGCCGCAGGUUGCCGGCCGGGAUUCCAAGCGAUUGAAAGGGCCGCCAGGGGUGCGCAGGCGCAAUAACAUGGUUUGAUGUCCAGCACGUGGCUUUACGUUAGCACCCGGCAACGGUGUCAAUGAUAAGUUGACUCGAACACACAACAUCCAUCCGAUCCGUCGCUGUUUGCGCGACACCUUUGGAUAUACAGAUGACGAUAGGGACGACAGCUUUUAAGCCGGAUGAUGCUGAGUAAGUGUCUCUUAGACCUAGCUAGCCAUAGACGUUAAUGGUGACCGUUUGUUUGUUGAACAUAAGCAGACAUUCUCCUCUUAGGCGGAUAGACACAUUGCUGUCCUGCACCAAUCCGUGUGUGCCGGUGCGUGGUUAUACACAUAUCUAGGUAUGAGUAUUGCUUGCUUCAGACAACGGGCGUAGGUUGAUUCCCGCGUGCGCUCGAUGAACUUUUUGCUGACCAGCACAUUGCAUUUGAGACAUGUAAACAUAAGGCUCA